AAGACCAUGUAUAUCGCUUUAUCAUGCGUUUUGGUGUUUGUUUCAUCGAGCUACGGACAGAAUGAACUUGAACAGGUCAGUGCUGGAAUAAGAGCCGGAAAUGCGAUCGUUCAAGCUCUUGGUGAUGAACAAUAUUCAAAGAAUUUUGGUAAAAUCGGCGUGAUAGCGUCGAAAAUUGGACCAUUCCUGGGUGCCAUUGGUCCAGCUUUCUUGCUGAUUUCCGCAUUCUUGCCAGGGUCGCCGUCUCCGGAAUUGCUAUAUAUGAAGAGAAGAUUCAAGGAAAUGGACGAAAAUUUUGACAAAGUGUAUAAAGAGAUUGGCGAAGUGAAAACUCUUAUUGAAAAAGCAUCCUUAUUUACUCAGUAUGGAGAAUAUGAACACACAAUAUUGAUUGUGUCUGAUCUCCUACAACAGUUUCUGAAUGGUACAACUUAUGCAGUACGGGAAGAACUAAAGAAUACAUUUAUUGAUGCUUACGAGAAUACUUACGACAAUGCUGCAUUGAGAUUCUGGCAAGGUAUGACAUCUGAACUUUAUGUGGCGAAUAACAUUCCGAAAACAGCCAUGUUAUAUACACAAAACCACCGGGGGCAGGUUCAAAGACUUAUGAAAGGAAUUACAAACUUAAUAAUAAAGGGAGUGAAAGUAGAAUUAUCCUACAUGAUAGCCAAAGGUCAAAAUUCCACAUAUGAACUUGUUAAGAAUACUUGGGAGGUCAGAAUCAAAGAGUUAAUUACCCAUAUGGAAAAUGCAGACCGAGAAGUGACUAAUCGUUGGCCUGUACAGUCCACAGAAGAUUUAGAUAACAAUUUGAUAUCGUUAAAACACCUAAGUCACAAAAAAUUCGCGGAGGAAUUCUAUAAAUUCCUCAUUGAAAAAUAUGAUUGGAGAGAUUGGCACGUUGUUGUUUACAACCAAAUUCAAAGUGCAGAACAUUAUGUGCAUUUGUGCCGCGGGUAUGAAUCCCUUCACAAGCAUGGCAGAAAUGUUGCCAUGGCAAGCGUUAAUCAAACAAUAGGUCCCAUUCUUAAAGCACACGUUCGUAACUUGCUCAGAGGUGUCUCAACAAAUUUUUAUCAUUCUAGUUUUGGGGGUAGGGUCGAAAUGAAAAAAACCCUUGUUUCUAGGAAUGCUAAGGACAUUUACGAUAAUUAUUUUCCGAAUCAAAUUAAGGAUAUUUGCACCUAUGCAUCAGCAGGCGCCAUAAAGUCAAACGCAAACGUUCAUCACAAGGCACUAGAUAGUCGUUUUACUUCUGUCGUCAAUGGAGAGUACAUUCUUCAUGCAUUUGGGGGCGAGAACGCUUUAACUAUGUCCAAUUUUAUCGGCAGUUUUAAUUUUUUUCUUCUACCUAUACAUCUAAUAACCACAUAUCCAUAUUGUUGCAUUAGUGUUUGAAGUUAGAUUUUUUUUAAAAUCAAGAGUGAAAAGUGGAAUGUUUAAUUAAUUUCAAGGCAAUUAAACACUUAAUUUAUUUGUUACUGUGACGUACGGGACUUUUGAAAAUUAGAUGUGUUGAUGAAAAUAUAAAUGGACAAAUGUAUAAACAAAAUCAAUUGAUUCCCAUUCUUGUUAAAAAUCUUAAGUAAUGAAUGUUACAUUACUUAAGAUUGACUUUUGAAAAUUAUAUGUGUUGAUGAAAAUAUAAAUGGACAAAUGUAUAAACAAAAUCAAUUGAUUCCCAUUCUUGUUAAAAAUCUUAAGUAAUGAAUGUUACAUUAUAAACCCUUUUAUAACAAAACCAAUAUCCUCUCCUACCCCUCAUUAAUCUAUUAAUAGUCAUAUAAUAUUUACAAUUGUUAGGUUUCCAUCAUAUAAAAUGUUCUCCAAAAAGAAUAUCGUCAUUGCACAAAAUAGCAUAAGUUGGUGUAUUCUAUCUAUGGAAAAAAUGUCCCAUACGUCACGGUGACGAAAUUUACAUAUUUUUUUUUUUAUUUUUUACUGCGUAAAAAUUAUUUGACAGAUUCGUACAAUACUUUGACAUACAUUAGUCAGACAGAUACAAUAUCUAUGAAUAUUGGUAAAAUAAUUACACUAUUGCCACUUUUGGAGCAUUUUACAUGCUUAAGUCACUUUGACUUCAUGUCCCGUAAGUCACAAAACAUUGCAGUUAAACCUUGUUAAUGAAGGUAUAUAAACUAUUCAAACUAUUUUACUGCGUAAAAAUUAUUUGACAGAUUCGUACAAUACUUUGACAUACAUUAGUCAGACAGAUACAAUAUCUAUGAUUAUUGGUAAAAUAAUUACACUAUUGCCACUUUUGGAGCAUUUUACAUGCUUAAGUCACUUUUACUUCAUGUCCCGUAAGUCACAAAACAUUGGAGUUAAACCUUGUUAAUGAAGGUAUAUAAGGUAUAUAAACUAUUCAAAAAGUCCAGUUUGCUUCAAGAGAGUUCAGCAGAACAAAACAUAUUCAUGAUCUUACAAAUGACCCUAAUUGAUUUCUAAUUCAACAAAAAACUUUUUCUCUGAUAAAGUUUCCUUCAUAACACCAAACUUAUGAAUUUACUCAUUUGUUUUACAUAGACAGUUCUUGUCUGAAGUAUUAAAGUAUUAUAAAUUGCUAGUAAAAACAAUUCAAUUUGUUUACCAGUAAUUUAAUAAAAUUGACAUAUAAUGUAGGCAGGAUUAAAAGGAAAUCCUACACUAUGCAAAAGACCAAUGCAAGAAGUUGUAAAGUGAUUGCAGUUUUAAAUAAUCAUCUAUGUAUCACUCCAGGGUCUCUAUAAAUUAAAUGGAUUUUGAAACAUUUACAUAUUAUACACCAUUUGAAUUUCAGUAUAGUGAAAAACAGGGCCCCCGUGACUAUUUUUUGGGGACCAAGGUUUCUCUGCUGAUUUAACAUCACCAGGGUAUGAAUAAAAAAAAUUAGCGGGGUGAGCCUCCUGAAAAAGGGCGGAACAUGUUUUUUGGCGGCCAUUUUAAAAAUGGCCGCCAAAAUUAAGACAAUGGCUCAUAACUUUACUUCUACUCUAUAAAAAGGGUAAAUCUGGUGUCUAACUAUAUGUUAUUAGGGUCACUGAAUUGAGACAUGUUUCAAAAACCUAGGAUGGCAGCCAUUUUGAAAUUCAAGAUAGCUGCCGUAAUAAUCGUUGAAAAUCAAAUAUUCCAGUGUAAUUUAAUUUAUUCUCGUUGAAAAAUGGUAAAUUUGAUGUAUUCUCAUGUGUUAUUGGGUUCUGCAAGUCCAAUAAUCAAAGUUUCAAUAAGGUAGAUGGCCGCCACAAAAAUCGCCGAAAAUCAAAUAUUUUGGUAUAUAAUUGCACUUCUCGAUAAAAAUGGUAAAUUUGGUGUCUAAUGACUUGAUAUGGGGCAAUCUGAGUCCAAUUAACAUAGUUUUAAAAGGGUGACAACCAUACUCUUUUUCCAAUAUCACUGAGUCCAAUGAGCAUAGUUUCAGAAAGCUAGAAUGUCAGCCAUUUUGAAAUUCAAGAUGGCCGCCACAAAAAUCGUCAAAUAUCAAAUAUUUUGGUAUAUACAAUAAUUCCACUUCUCAAUAAAAAUGGUAAAUUUGGUGUCUAAUGACUUGAUAUGGGGCAAUCUCAGUCCAAUUAAAAUACUUUUUAAAGGGUGACAACCAUACUCUUUUUCCAACAUGUCUGCCAUUAAUAUGUACACAUUUUACCUUACAAAGUGCAAAAAUAAUAAAACAUUAGAAAAUAAUACUACUACUUUAUUAUACAAUAAAACAUAAGCAUUUGCUUGAUCAACCUGUCUGUCUGGAAUAAAUCAUAAUUAGGUUCAUACGUCAUCAUUCUCGUUGUCAGAGGACGAUUCAUCGCUUGUUUCAUCAUCACUCUCAUCGCUACUGUCACAAUCAUUUCGUUCUGGAACUUUAAUAUCACUGGGUAGGUUUGGCUCAGUACUUCUUUCGGCAUAGCACUUUCCAUUAAUCAGUUUCCACCCACUUUUUGUUGGUGAUUGGUGGAUUCUUAAUGAGAAGUUUAAUUGAUUGUAUGAUAGAUAGUUGGCUCUUUUAAUUUUUAAAAUGGCCCCCAAAAAAAUGUUCCGCCCUUUUUCAGGAGGCUCAACCCCGCUUACUUUUUUUUAUUUAUACCCUAGUGAAGCCAAAUAAGCAGAGAAAUAUUGGUCCCAGAAAAAUGGUCACGGGGCCCUGUUUUUCACUAUACUACGAUAAAUGAUUUUUUUUUUUAAAUAUGUACAUUUCAAAUAAACAAUAAAAUGAUACAUCCAAACCUAUAUAGAGCCACAUUUACACUAGACACGAUUACGACACGACAACGACAUAUCAUCGCGUAGUUUGUAUUCUUUAACACAGCGCGCAUCUGUGUCGUUUCGUUGUCGUGUCAUAAACAUGUCUAGUGUAAACGAGGCCUUAGAAAGACCGACCAUGAAAAUAUAGUCAACUUACCAUCUUUCCCCAGGCAAAAGCCCAUGGUAUGAAUUUUACAAAUAUUAUCAGAAAACAUGGUUUUGAAUUAGGUAUAUAUUGCUUGUAAAAUUUAAUAAAACAUGUAUUGAUAUGAAAAUAAUUAUCAUGAACAUCACUACUACACGGAGUCUUACCCAAAGGACAAUGAUGUGAGCUAACUAUGCAAUCUAUACAGAAAUGAUGAAAUAUUGUGUUUCAUUAAAUUUUAUUGGUUUUUCUUUUAAAAUGGGCCAUGUUUAGUUUUGGCUGAUUCACACCAAUCAGCUAUUAUAAAUGUACAUCUAGCUUAAGCCAUCUACAAGCAUCAUUUAGCAGACACACUUUUGAUUGCAAAAAUGGAAUAUAUCAGUUAUUUUCAGGUAUUUGAAUUCAAGUUCGUAGCUACUAUAAACUGAUAUAGGAGCUAUAUAUUUGAUAGUUCAUAUUUUUUAUUCCAAAUAUGCUUCAUAUGAUCAGCUAUUUUGAAAUACCUGCUAUAUUUUGAUAGUUGGACAUUUUUUAUUCUAAAAAUGCUUUAUAUUUGCUAUAUACAAACAUCUUCAAUUAUGUUUCUUGCUACACUGAUUAUAGCUGCUAUAUUUGAUAGUCGAUAUUUGUGAUUAUAUGCUUUAUAUAAGCUAUUUUGAAGUAUUUGAAUUGAAGUCUGUUGCUACACUGAUAUUGCAGCUAUUUUUGAUAGUUAAUAAUUUUUAUUCUAAAUAUGCUUCAUAGGUUUAGGUUUUGUUGCUACACUGAUGUAGCAGCUAUAUUUGAUUAUAGUUGAUAAUAGCUGCUAUAUUUGAUGAUAGGUAAUAAUGAUAUUUGAUAUCUUUUUCACAACUUUCGUAACAAUUUUGAUUCUCUUUCUAUUAAUAUGUUUUAAAAAAGAAGCCUUUAUCUGUAUUCAAUAAUACUGUACCUUUUAAUUUAACUUGUGUUUUUUAUUUUGGUUCGAUAGUUUUCUUUUGUCUGCUUUGAUUCAGUUAGACUAUCUUGUCAUUGUUUUUUUUAAUUUACAUUUAGUUACUUUUGAAUUUUAUAAUGUAAACACUUUUUGUUAUAUUUACUGUAUGCACUAGGGCUUCCUUGGAAAGAAGUGCUAGUCACUGAAUAGAUACUCCCUUGGUUAAAGGAAUUUUAAAUAAAUAAAUGCUUUAUUUCUGCUAUAUAGAAUAUCUUUCUGUUGCUACACUUAUAUAGCUGCUAUAUUGAUAGUUGAUAUUUUUUAUUAUUUUUGAUGAAAACUCUUUAUAUCUGCUUUAUGAAUGUACGUUAAAUUAAAUUAAGUCUGUAGCUACACUGAUAUAGUUGAUAUUUUUUAAUUUGGAAUUUUCUAUCUGGUAUUUUGAAAUUUAUGAGCUUAAUUAUGUUGCUACACUGAUAUAGCUGCUACAUUUGAUAGUUGAUAUUUUUUUUUAAUUAUUUUUGAUGAAAAAUUUAUAUCUGCUAUAUUAAAUUGUUAUGAAAUUAAUUCUGUAGCUACACUGAUAUAGUUAAUAUUUUUAAUCUUUAAUUUUCUGCUAAAUUGAAAUUUCUUAGCUUAUGUUGUACACUGAUAUAGCUGCUAUAUUUGAUUGUUGGUAUUUUUUUUAUUAUUUUUGAUGAAAACAUCUUAUAUCUGCUAUAUGAAUUCGUUAAAUUAAAUCUGUAGCUACACUGAUAUAAUUGAUAUUUUUGAAUUUUGAAUUUUCUAUCUAAUAUUUUGACAUUUUUUGAGCUUAAGUAUGUUGCUACACUGACAUAGCUGCUAUAUUUGAUAGUUGAUAUUUUUGGAAAUGUUUUGUAUCUGCUACUUCGGUUUAAACACUAAUAAAGCUGCUGUAUUUGAUAGUUGAUAUGUUUGAUUAUUUUUGAUGAAAACCCUUUAUAUCUGCUAUAUAAAUUCGUUAAAUGAAAUUAAGUCUGUAGCUACACUGAUAUAGUUGAUAUUUUUGAAUUUGAAAUUUUCUAUCUGCUCUUUUGAAAUUUCUUAGCUUGUAUGUUGCUACACUGAUAUAGCUGCUACAUUUGAUAGUUGAUAUUUUUUUUUUUUUGAUGAAAACACUUUAUAUCUGCUAUAUAAAUUUGUAUAAGUCUGUAGCUGCAUUGAUAUAUUUGAUAUUUUUGAAUUUGGAAUUUUCUAUCUGCUAUUUUGAAAACACUAAUGUAGCUGCUGUAUUUGAUAGUUGAUAUUUUUGAUUAUGUUUGAUGAAAACACUGUAUAUCUCCUAUAUAAAUUCGUUAAAAGAAAUUAAAUCUGUAGCUACACCGAUAUAGUUGAUAUUUUUGAAUUUGAAAUUUUCUAUCUGCUAUUUUUAAAUUUCUUAGCUUGUAUGUUGCUACACUGAUAUAGCUGCUAUAUUUGAUAGUUGAUAUUUUUGAUUAUUUUUGAUGAAAACAAUAUCUGCUAUAUGAAUUCGUUAAAUCGAAUCUGUAGCUACACUGACAUAGUUGAUAUUUUUGAAUUUUGAAUAUUUUCUAUCUACUAUUUUGACAUUUUUUUGCUUAAGUAUGUUGCUACACUGACUUAGCUGCUAUAUUUGUAAAUGUUUUGUAUCUGCUAAUUGGUUUUAUAUCAACUUUAUGAUUGUAAGUCUGUUACUACACUGAUAUAACUGCUAUAUUUGAUAUCUUUGAUUCUAAAUGUCCUUUAUAUCAGUUAUAUUAAAAUAUUUGAGGAUUGCCUAUUGCUAUAUUGAAAUAAUUUUAUUUGAUAUUUGAUGUUAGUGAUUUUUAAUGCGCUUUGAUUAAACUUGCUGCUACUCUGAUGUA